CCGUGAUUGUGGACAACAAUAAAGUACGCUUUCCUCAAAGAUUUUUUUACCGUUUCCCUGUUUUGCUUCGAUCUUCCGUUACCGCUAGACUGGCUGCCUUUGCUCUACUAUAAAGUCUGCAACGCCUCCUGAAACGAGCGAUAGCACAUGCUCUGACCCAACCAGCUUACCGACUUGCGACUCUUUAAAGGCGCGCAUCGCAACGCCGGAUACAUAAAAAAAAAACAUUGCACCUCGCCUGCUUUGGAUUUGCCAGCCCGCUUCAAUAGGUACUCAUUCGGCAACCAUGACUUCAGCAAUUGCAAAGUUUUUUACGCAAAAGAUCUUGGGUGAGACGAUCUCAAACAAGUUUGGAACAGAGGAUCCAUACUUUGAGCAUGUGCCCGCGACCCGACUCAACGGAAAGCCAUCCGGAAAGCUCAAGAAGCGCAAGAAGGCGUUGCCCCCGGGCAUCUCUGAGCAUGAUGCCAAGGUCUUGACCAAGGUCAAGCGACGGGCGUACCGCCUCGACCUUUCCCUCUUCAACUGCUGUGGCAUCCAAUUCGGAUGGGGCAGCGCCAUCGGCCUAGUCCCUGCUAUUGGUGAUGUCCUGGAUGCUCUCAUGGCCUUGAUCGUCUUGAAGACCUGCAACCAGAUUGAAGGUGGACUCCCAUCAUCCCUGAAGGCAAGGAUGAUGGGCAACAUCAUCGUCGACUUCAUCGUGGGCCUAGUUCCCUUCGUCGGUGACGUCGUCGAUGCACUCUUCCGUGCAAACACCCGAAAUGCGGCCCUCCUCGAAGCGUACCUGCGAGAGCAGGGAAAGAAAAACUUGCGCCAGAGCGGACAACCUCUACCAGCAACAGAUCCCAGCGAUCCAGACGAGUUUGAUCGAAUGCAAACAGACACUCCACCAGAGUACACCUCGCAGGCCCCGUCUCGGCACGAAACCAUGUCGGACCGGCCUCAGCGCAGCCGCGACGGCCGUGACGAGCGAGUGCCCAGCGAGCCGGUUCCGGCUCGGGUCCGCGAGGACCGGGGAUUCUUUGGCCGAAGCAAGGCCCGACCGCGCGAUGUGGAAAUGGGCGAGGUCAGAUCAGACUCCAGGACCCAUCCCAAGUCCAAAUUAUCGUCUCGCAGGGAACGGCGUUAGCCGCCGGAUAUUCGGAUUUAGGAGGACGGUCAAGGUAUGCAGACAGAGCGCAUGCAGAACGCAUGACGGAGGAUGGAGGACUACUGGUAGAUGUUGAUGGCCAGGGCGGGCCCUGUGUGAGUCAACGAUGGCCCGAGCGACUGAUUUCCUAAUGACCCAUGGCGUCGAGACGCGCCUGGAAUGCAUCAUGUCCACAUGUUUGUACGAAGUACCAAGUCAUGUCCUUUAGGUAACUGCUACUAUGUACGUGCGAAGAAAAAGACACGUGAAACAGCCUACAUACAUAGUAGAGAAAGAUC